UUAUCAUCAAUCCAUUGCAUCAGCCUUAGAAAGACGAACAUCAGCUGUAUUUCUUUUUUUCAAAUCGUUGAAAUUAUUAAUUUCUUAAAAAAGUCUACUCCACUUAUUUUGUCAAUAAUUCAAUUUUUUGUGAUAAUUAGUAGAAAGUGAGGAACACGUUCAUACUACUCCUUGGCUAUUAUUGCAAAUAACAGUUUUUUCCAUUCAUUGUUUUGUUAUGAAAAACAAUAACAAAGGGAAGAAGAAUAUGGAGUUGUGUUAGUCACACAUAUAGAAACCGUUAUCUUUUUAUGUUGUGCUGAAAAUUUCUAAUCGUUGCUUGGGGCACAUCAGGUAAAAGAGUUAGUGAGUGAUGUCUGGAAGAGAAUUGGGAGUGCUUAAUGCACUCGAUAUGGCGAAGACGCAAUGGUACCACUUCACAGCUAUUGUGAUUGCUGGAAUGGGAUUCUUUACCGAUGCCUAUGAUCUCUUCUGUAUUUCUCUUGUCACCAAAUUGCUGGGGAGGAUAUAUUACACAGACAUAUCCAAACCAAAGCCUGGUGUUCUUCCUCCUAAUGUGCAAGCUGCAGUGACUGGUGUAGCACUGUGCGGUACUUUGGCUGGCCAGCUUUUCUUUGGAUGGCUUGGUGACAAGUUGGGAAGGAAAAAGGUUUAUGGCUUAACUCUUAUGCUGAUGGUAGUGUGUUCCCUUGCCUCGGGGCUCUCUUUUGGAGAUACCCCAAAGGGUGUCAUGGCCACACUUUGUUUCUUCAGGUUCUGGCUUGGCUUUGGGAUUGGUGGUGACUACCCUCUAUCGGCUACAAUCAUGUCUGAAUAUGCCAACAAAAAGACUCGAGGGGCAUUCAUUGCUGCAGUGUUUGCCAUGCAGGGAUUUGGAAUCUUGGCUGGUGGAAUAGUUGCCUUGAUUGUGUCAUCUGCAUAUGACCACAAAUACGAUCUUCCCAGUUACAAAGAAAACCCAGAAGGAUCAAUAGUUCAUUCCAUUGAUUAUGUUUGGCGUAUCAUUUUGAUGUUAGGUGCAGUACCAGCUGCGGUUACCUACUACUGGCGUAUGAAAAUGCCAGAGACAGCUCGUUACACAGCCCUAGUAGCCAGGAAUGCAAAACAAGCUGCUUCAGACAUGUCCAAGGUGCUACAAGUUGAGAUUGAAGCUGAAGAGGAUAAGUUGAACCACAUUGUAGAGAGUGAAAACCAAAGAUAUGGCUUGUUCAGCAAGGAAUUUGCCAAACGCCAUGGGUUGCACUUGCUUGGAACCACAGUAACAUGGUUUUUGUUGGACAUUGCCUUCUACAGCCAGAACCUUUUCCAAAAGGACAUUUUCAGUGCCAUUGGAUGGCUCCCUCCUUCACAAGAAAUGAAUGCAAUCCAUGAAGUUUAUAGGAUUGCAAGAGCACAAACACUCAUAGCACUUUGCAGCACCGUGCCGGGGUACUGGUUUACCGUGGCCUUUAUUGAUUACAUGGGACGUUUCGCCAUCCAAUUGAUGGGUUUCUUCUUCAUGACUGUCUUCAUGUUUGCUCUUGCCAUACCUUACAAUCACUGGACCAAGAGAGAAAACAGAAUUGGGUUUGUUGUGAUGUACUCUCUCACCUUUUUUUUCUCCAAUUUUGGUCCAAAUGCCACCACGUUUGUUGUACCAGCAGAGAUUUUCCCAGCAAGGUUAAGAUCCACCUGUCAUGGAAUCUCAGCUGCAGCAGGAAAGGCAGGAGCAAUUGUGGGUGCAUUUGGGUUCUUGUAUGCUGCACAGAGUACGGACCCCAAAAAGGUUGAUCACGGUUACCCAACUGGUAUUGGGGUUAAGAACUCUCUCAUUGUGCUUGGUGUAGUCAACUUCUUAGGAAUGUUAUUCACCUUCUUAGUGCCAGAAUCAAAGGGAAAAUCACUGGAAGAGUUGAGUGGGGAGAAUGAAGAAGGUCCUGAGGCUGUAGAGAUGGCAGGGUCUGCUAGGACGGUUCCAGUUUAAUCAACAAAGUAGUCCAAAAUUCAAGUAAUGCCACUAUUGUAUGACAGUUUUAGUUCAGGUUUCUACAGCCAAAUGCACUAUAUGAUGUAGAUAUAUGUUUCUCGAUGUUGUAAUUUUAAAUCAAUAACCAA